UGGGAACAGAAAAGGAAAGGACAGACAGACAGAAACGGUCAGGGCCCUGAAGCAGCCGGACAUUCUGAAAGUGAUUCCCACUUUGACAGUCUCUUCCAAAAGGCCAUAUGUAUCCUGGCACGGAGGGCACAGGUGAUCGGCUCUGUCCUCCGUCUUCCUGACCUGACCAAGACAGCAAGAGCCACCGAUCCUGUCACCACUGCUUAGUGUGAGCUGGGGAACAGGUCUAGCAUCCAGCUUCUGUGAGCACAGCAAACAAGCCCUGGAAAAGCGUCAAAGGAGUCAGAGAUCAGAUGCCCAAGUCCUGGGGCCAUUGGGGUGCUUCGAACCCCUAGCAUCCUCAACAGCACCUCCACUGCACCGUCUUCAGCAGGAUAGCUAAGCACCUCGCCCUUCCUCUGAGGAGAGGUCAUCUCUUCAGUACUGAGGAGUGUCUGUCGUUAGUGCUGACACCGCCAUGCCAAGUCGGAUUCCUCUCCGUGCACUCUGCUGCGUCCUUCUCCCCUGGGCAUUCACCACCUUUCACCACGCCCUGGGGAACCCGGCCCCCCAUCCGGGUCCCCACUACCUCCUGCUCCCCAUCCACGAGGUCAUUCACUCUCGUCGUGGGGCCACGGCCACACUGCCCUGCGUCCUGGGCACCUCGCCUCCCAGCUACAAGGUACGCUGGAGCAAAGUGGAGCCCGGGGAGCUCCGAGAAACGAUAAUCCUCAUCACCAAUGGACUGCACGCCCGAGGCUACGGGCACCUGGGAGGGCGUGCCAGCAUGCGGAAGGGGCAUCGACUGGACGCCUCCCUGGUCAUCAAGAACGUGCGCCUGGAGGACGAGGGCCGGUACCGCUGCGAGCUCAUCAAUGGCAUCGAGGACGAGAGCGUGGCACUGACCCUGCGCCUGGAGGGUGUGGUGUUUCCGUACCAACCCAGCCGGGGCCGCUACCAGUUCAAUUACUUCGAGGCGAAGCAGGCGUGCGAGGAGCAGGACGGACGCCUGGCCACUUAUAGUCAACUGUACCAGGCGUGGACCGAGGGGCUGGACUGGUGCAACGCCGGCUGGCUGCUGGAGGGCUCGGUGCGCUACCCUGUGCUCAACGCGCGCGCCCCGUGUGGCGGUCAUGGGCGACCAGGCAUCCGCAGUUACGGGCCCCGCGAUCGCAGCCGUGACCGCUACGACGCCUUCUGCUUCACUUCGGCGCUGGCAGGCCAAGUGUUCUUCGUGCCCGGGCGACUGACGCUCUCUGAAGCCCACGCGGCGUGCCGGCGGCGGGGAGCUGUAGUAGCCAAGGUCGGGCACCUCUACGCUGCCUGGAAGUUCUCGGGGCUGGAUCGGUGCGAUGGAGGCUGGCUGGCGGACGGCAGCGUUCGCUUCCCCAUCACCACGCCGCGGCCGCGCUGCGGGGGCCUCCCUGACCCCGGGGUGCGCAGCUUCGGCUUCCCCCGGCCCCAGCAGGCGGCCUACGGAACCUACUGCUACGCGGAGAAGUGAGAGCACUGCCCCUGCCACGUGCGACAGAAAGAGCCGGCGCGGCGCUCCAGGCUCCCGGGCGGAGGGGCGUCCCAGGCAUUAACUUACCAAUAAAAUAACAUGGCGUCUU